AUGUUUUCAGACUAUCAUCGACCGCGCCAAGAACGACAUACGAUUUCGAAAAACAACCAACUCAACCAUGCUACAAAGAAGCUGAGGCAACGAUUGUGCUUUGGCUUAGUAUUGGCUUUCUUCAUCUGCUGUAUAUGUGCCUCUGUUCUACUGAACCCAUCAACACUUGAAUAUGAUUCAUCUGCGCUAAUCUUUUGGAUGGAGAACAGCACGGGUACUUUUGGUGCCUCGCAAAGAAGCACCAACAACCCCGAUGACAAUCAUCUCAUUGACGAUUUCAGUUCCAGCUUCAGAAUAAUUAAGGCAGACAAUAAUAAUGGUUCAUCAGCCACCAACGCGCAGAUUGAACUGCUCCGCCCCACUGGUCGAAUGGUAUAUUCCUAUGUCCGAGGAGACCGUUCCGGAGCUGCCAUUCAAGACAUGCUCAUGGCGCAUGCCUUUGCCUUUUCCAGAGGUCAAAGAUACGGAGGAGCUUGUCAACGAAGGGAGUUUAAGGAUUAUGUCAUUCAACCCCGCAGGGAUUUACUUCGGAUCCUAGGACUGGAAUCCGAAAUGCCCUUUCAAUGCUCCUCCACCGGUAAACUCAUGAAUCGCGCCAAGUAUACCCAGCAAGAUACCGGUAUUUUCACACCCAAGUAUCUGAAGUACAUGCAUGCUGUCAUGAUGAUGGAGAAGCAGCAGCAGCAGCAGCAGUCAUAA